GAGAGAGAGAUCUUCUCCCCCUCUGUUCUAGUGGCUGUUUUCUUUGCUGUGAGCCUGAGAAGGGGGAGGACCUGAACUCAGCACUCAGAGUCAAUGCCCUUACUGGAGUCCACCGUGCUACACACACACACGCUCUCACACACACACACAUUCUCUCUCACACGGUGACACACACACGCUCCCUCAGACCCCUGCAGCUACUGCAGCCUACUACUGCAGAACGGAGCAGAGGGAGAAACAGAGCAAGAGAGGGAGAAAGGAGGGGAAGUCGUUCGUUGUUACUACUUGUUGCUGUUUGCUUUCCGUCCAGAGCGUUGAGGAUGAUAUUCCCUGUGUUUUCCUAGCGGGAGCUUGUCUGAGAGAGAGAGAGUCACUGUGGAGAAUGACAACAACCCCAGUGAUGUCAUCCAAACUGACACAGAUCAACACUGGCCUGCCGGAGUGACCUCACAGAGGUCAGGGAUCAGGACCAGAAUCGCCCCCUGAGAGAACGGGCCGCAGACGGAGUAUGCCCGGUAGCGCCCCGGACAAGACCAUACCACCCAUGGAACCUGCCGCUGCCACGCCCUUCAGAGUCACUGGCUUUCUGAGUCGGAGGCUGAAGGGUUCUAUAAAGCGUACUAAGAGCCAGCCCAAACUGGACCGUAACUCCAGCUUCAGACACAUCCUGCCUGGCUUCAGGAGUGUGGACAAUGAGAGAUCUAAUCUGAUGCCGAGGCUGAAGGAGUCUCGCAGCCACGAGUCGUUGCUCAGCCCCAGUAGUGCUGUGGAGGCCCUGGACAUCAGUAUGGAGGACGAGGUGCUCAUCAAACCCGUUCACAGCUCCAUCCUCGGACAGGACUACUGCUUUGAGGUCACCACCUCAACAGGAAGUAAAUGUUUCUCCUGUCGAUCUUCAGCAGAGAGGGACAAAUGGAUGGAGAACCUGAGGAGAGCCGUCCACCCCAACAAGGACAACAGCCGUCGGGUGGAGAACAUGCUGAAGUUGUGGAUCAUCGAAGCCAAGGACAUUCCGGCCAAGAAGAAGUACUUCUGUGAGCUGUGUCUGGAUGACACACUAUACGCCCGCACCACCUGCAAGCUCAAGACCGACAACGUCUUCUGGGGCGAGCACUUUGAGUUCAACAACCUCCCGGCUGCCAAGAGCAUCACGGCCCACCUUUACAAAGACUCGGACAAGAAGAAGAAGAAAGACAAGAACAACUACAUCGGACUGGUCAACAUCCCAGUCGCUGCGGUGACGGGGAGGCAGUUCAUGGAGAAGUGGUACCCUGUAAGCACGCCGACGCCCAACAAGGGGAAGACGCCGGGGCCGAUGAUUCGGAUCAAGGCCCGCUACCAGAGCAUGAACAUCCUGCCUAUGGAGAUGUAUAAGGAGUUUGCAGAGUAUACCACCAAUAACUACAUGUUGCUGUGCUCCGUGCUGGAGCCUGGCAUCAGUGUGAAGAACAAGGAGGAGAUGGCUUCUGCACUGGUCCAUAUUCUACAGAGCACCGGCAAGGCCAAGGACUUCCUGACAGACCUGAUGAUGUCAGAGGUGGACCGGUGUGGGGAGAAUGAGCACCUGAUCUUCAGAGAGAACACGCUGGCCACCAAGGCUAUAGAGGAGUACCUCAAACUGGUGGGGCAGAAGUACCUGCAGGACGCACUUGGUGAGUUUAUCAAGGCGUUGUAUGAGUCAGAUGAGAACUGUGAGGUGGACCCGUCCAAGUGUUCAUCCAAUGACCUGCAGGAGCAUCAGAGCAACCUGAAGAUGUGCUGUGAGCUGGCCUUCUGCAAGAUCAUCAACUCUUACUGUGUGUUUCCACGGGAACUCAAGGAGGUGUUUGCAUCGUGGCGACAGGAGUGCAGUAGCCGGGGGCGACCGGACAUCAGCGAGCGUCUGAUCAGCGCGUCUCUGUUCCUGCGUUUCCUGUGUCCAGCCAUCAUGUCGCCGUCUCUCUUCAACCUGAUGCAGGAGUACCCUGAUGACCGCACCGCACGCACACUCACACUCAUCGCCAAGGUCACGCAGAACCUGGCCAACUUCGCCAAGUUUGGCAGUAAGGAGGAGUACAUGUCUUUUAUGAACCAGUUCCUGGAGCAUGAGUGGACCAACAUGCAGCGCUUCCUGCUGGAGAUCUCUAACCCAGAGACCAUCUCUAACACAGCAGGGUUCGAAGGUUACAUAGACCUGGGACGGGAGCUGUCCACCCUGCACAACCUGCUGUCAGAGGUCGUCUCUACCAUGGAACAGAGCUCCACCUCCAAGCUGGGCCCCCUACCCAGGAUCCUCCGGGAGGUGAACACAGCGCUGACCAACCCGUCCAGCAUGAACAUGACCGCUCCGUCCUCCUCUGACCGUAUGGGGUCACCGCCCAAUGCCGGGGCAGGCUGCAGCAUCUCCACCGGCCUGCAGAAGAUGGUCAUCGACAAUGACCUUUCAGGGUUGGUGGACUUCACCCGGUUACCCUCCCCCACCCCGGAGAACAAGGAACUCUUCUUUGUCACCAGGAACUCUGGGAUCCAGCCCUCCCCGGCCCGCAGCUCCAGCUACUCUGAGUCCAAUGAGCCCGACCUGGGCAUGGCCAACGGCAGCAAGAGCCUGUCCAUGGUGGACCUCCAGGACCCCCGCAGCUUAGAGAGCGGCCCAGGGCCUGGCCCCUCAGACGGCCGGGGAGAGGGCAUUGUUCCUGGGGGAGUGUGGUCGGCCCGAACCCCCCAUGGGAACAUCACUGGAGGUCCUACUCUGAGAAGGCCGGUCCAGACCCCCACCACCCCCGGAUCGGAGAGCGCUCCAGGCAGACCUGCUCAGCUCCUGGCCCCCCUGUCCUUCCAGAACCCUGUCUAUCAGAUGGCAGCAGGGCUGCCCUUGUCGCCGCGAGGCCUGGCCGACUCGGGCUCCGAGGGCCACAGCUCCCACAGUUCCCAUAGCAACAAUGAGGACGGGCCAGGAGGAGGAGGGGGGAUACAUAACUCCUUCCUGAACCACGGAAUAGGAGGUGGGGGGAGCAGCGCGGAGGAGUAUGCCCGUCGUUCUGGGGAGUUUGUUGGCACGCGUAGGCAGCUGUCACUCACAGAGGCCCAGCACCAGCCCACCGUGCCCAGACAGAAUAGCGCCGGCCCCCAGCGCAGGAUAGACCAGCCCCCUCCGCAGAACAACGUCAGCAGGGGCCGCACACCCCCCAACCUGCUCAACAGCGGGCCUUACCCGCGCCCCUCCAGCAGCAGCAUGAUGUCAUCAUCCCCCGACUGGCCCGGCAACGGGGCACGGCUACGGCAACAGUCGUCGUCAUCAAAAGGAGACAGCCCAGAGACCAAGCAGAGAGCCCAGCACAAACAGGCCCCCUCCCCAGUGAACCCCAAUGCACUGGACCGUACGGCUGCCUGGCUGUUGAAUAUGAAUGUGCAGUAUGUAGACCAUGAGGGGAUGGAGUCCAGAAACAGAGAAGAUCUCACUCAGGCCGAGAAGUACCAGCAGGAGAUUGUGGUCCUCCAGGAGAAGCUGCGUGUGUCGGUCCAGAAGCUGGAGGAGUACGAGGCUCGUCUGAAGGGUCAGGACGACGGUGCUCAGAAGGUUCUGAUGGAGUACCAGGCACGGCUGGAGGAGUCUGAGGAACGCCUGAGGCGACAGCAGGAUGACAAGGACCUCCAGAUGAAGAGCAUCAUCAGCAGGUUAAUGUCGGUGGAAGAGGAGCUGAAGAAAGAUCACAGUGACAUGCAGGCUGUGGUCGACUCCAAACAGAAGAUCAUUGAUGCACAGGAGAAGCGUAUAGCGUCUCUGGACGCGGCCAACGCCCGUCUGAUGAGUGCCCUGACCCAGCUGAAGGAGCGCUACAGCAUCCAGACCCGUAAUGGCAUCUCCCCUACCAACCCCACCAAGCUCCAGAUCACUGAGAACGGAGAGUUCAGGAACAGCAGCAACUGCUAGAGUCAGAGAGAGAGAGAGGGUGUGUGUGUGUAUGUGUGUGUGUGUGUGUGUGUGUGUGUGUGUGUGUGUGUGUG